AUGAGUCUUUGGCUCCGUCUCCUUUACUUUGUGGCUGCUACCUUCUUCCGCAAGGUUGCCGUUGCAGAAGCCUUUGGCCACGUGGCUUACAACGACAGCUCCAAGUGCGUUGUGUACAAAGCCCUGCCCGCAUGCUUCGGGCCACAGCUCCCAGCAGAAGGGCUGGCAGGGUACCUGAUGAGGGCGAUACCACCAAAUGCUUGCCACGCCAUAGAGAAUCCCCCAGCGCCGAGGAAGGCCUCGGAGAAAUACAUCGCGCUCAUCCAAGGGUGCGGCUGCUCCUUUGCUGAGAAGGUCCUUCACGCCCAGCAGGCUGGCUACCAAGCUGCUGUUGUGUACAACGUGGAUUCAGAGCAGCUGAUCACCAUGACGUCUGAUGACAAAGAAAUCCAGCAGCAGAUUGAAAUACCAUCACUCUUCACCGGAGAAUCCGUCUCCCUUCACAUGGAAAAGGCCUUGCAAUGUGAGAAAGGGGUGUACAUCAGACUUCUACCACCCAAAUACUAUUUCGCUCCUUAUCAAGACAAUGCUAAGAUGCUGCAGGACACUCACAUCAUGCGGGACAUAUUCUACAUCACUAUUGCCAUUAUCUCAAUUGUGGUUGGCAUAAGGUGGUGCAAGAAGGCUCGUAAGACCAAGCUGUAUACGUACAAGCGAGGAGACAAGCACGACAGCUGUGUGAUCUGCAUGUCAGACUACAAGGAAGGGGACCUCCUGAAGAUCCUGUCCUGUUCCCACGCUUACCACUGCAGCUGCAUUGACACCUGGCUCCACACCCAGACCGGGAAGAAGACAUGUCCCUUCUGCAAGCAGCCUGUGAACACCCAUGGGCAGGGUGAGCUCCUGCUAGAACAGGCUCACGAGGAUGUGAAUGAGGAGGAAGAGGAGGAGGAGCAGGGCCAAGAAUACGAUGCAUUCAGAGAAGAGUAUGAAGAUGAGUAUGGAGACGGGGAGCAAGAUACCUCAAGCUCGGUGGAAGGGGAGGGCUUUGAUUUGCUGGAGAACAGUGCCAUUUGA